GGCAUCCUGGAAGCUGGAACUAUUAUUAGUUAAGUAGUCAAUGCCAUAAUAUAUUAUAUCGAGUAAACUUUCAUUUAAUUUUUACCUACUUUGAGGUUGCUCGAUUAAUUGAGUUUUGUUUCAGUUCUGGUGGAGAUAUAGUCUCGCAGAGGGAUGGACUCUUACAGUUGACUCCUGGCGAUCUGGCUUGGCUUUCAGAUAUGAGAAGUAUCAUAUCGAUAUAUAAUCGAGCACACUAUCAUUAAUCAUUUGCUGCAACUUGAUUGUGGGUAUAUAACAAGAGGAGAUCACCCAGAAAGACUAUGGGGGUAACUAUCAUUCCUGACCGCGUUAGGAAUGUAUGGGAAAAGUGGAAUCUCCGGAGCUUUGUCCUCUUAAGCCUCUCAUUGCAGACCAUUUUAAUUCUCUUUGCACCAUUCAGAAAGAGAACACCCAACACAUGGCUAACCACGGUCAUCUGGUCAGCAUACUUACUCGCUGAUUGGGCUGCUAACUUUUCAGUUGGAUUGAUCUCCAACAGCCAAGGCGACAGUUCAGUUUCGGAUGAGGCCAGUGAUCUUCUGGUGUUUUGGGCUCCCUUUCUUUUGUUACACCUUGGCGGUCCAGACACCAUCACUGCUUUUGCUCUGGAAGAUAAUACCUUGUGGCUAAGGCACUUGCUUGGCCUUGUAUUCCAGGUCAUAGCUUCUGUUUAUAUCUUCCUUCAAUCACUCCCCAAUAAGCUUUGGCUCCCAACAAGCCUACUUUUUGUUGCUGGAAUCAUCAAGUAUGCGGAGAGAACACGCGCUUUGUAUCUUGCAAGCUUAGAUAACUUCAAGGAAUCCAUGCUUAAGAAGCCUGAUGCUGGACCCAAUUAUGCCAAGCUCAUGGAAGAAUACUCCUCAAAAUUAGAGGCUCAACUUCCAACUCAUAUUGAACUCACAGCAGAACGCAGCAAAGAGUCCAGGACAUUGAGUUAUGUGAUUGAAAAAGGUGACUUGGAGAAUGACAUUGCAGUGGUACGACAUGCUCAUCACUUCUUCCAAAUCUUCAAGGGUCUUAUUGUAGAUCUCAUUUUUAGCUUCCAUGAGCGGUAUGAGAGCCGUGUGAUUUUUCAUGAGAGAACCUCAGAAGAAGCUUUCAAGUUAAUUGCGGUCGAGCUCAACUUUAUAUAUGAAGCUCUCUUUACCAAGGUGGUUGUGGUGCAUUCUAAGCUAGGAUACUUCUUCCGGGCUAUAUCCUUAGGUGCGGUUUCUGCAGCUCUUGUUUUCUUUUAUAAAUUAGAGAAAGAGGGUUUGCAAAGGUAUGAUGUUCGGAUUACAUAUGGAUUGCUGUUUGGUGCCAUAGGCCUGGAUACAUUAUCUGCCUUCAUGGUUCUAUUCUCUGAUUGGACUGUAGCAGCCCUGAAUAAGUCUUGGCAAGACUCUUGCAUAGCCGCUGCUAUUCUAGGAAAGUAUCUCCAUCUUAAGAGAUCAAGGUGGUAUACAAGCACAAAAAAUGACAGUUAUCAAGCUCCGAUUUCCAAACCAACCAAGUGUUUGGAGUGGACUAGAGAGCUUCUGUUUCGGAGAUGGUAUGAGUCUGUGUCUGCAUUCAACUUGAUACAAUAUUCCCUUGAGGAAUAUCCAAAACUUUCCCCUGGAAUUUUGGACUACUUUGGCAUUGUAUACAUUAAAAUCAUCGACUUAUUGGGUCUUAAGGAUCUUCGAGAUAGGAUGAAAUACAGGUCCAGCAAGCCACUAAAGAAAGAUUUAUGGGAUUUCAUUUUCAAAGUGGUGAAAAGUAAAUCUCUGCUGGCAGAUGAUCCUGAAACUGCAAAGAAAAUAUGUUCUGCCAGAGGUGAGUGGGUUCUCCAAGAUAGUGAUUGGACUCUCCGAGAUAGCUAUUGGGAUAGUACCGUGGACAAAAACAUGGUGAUCAGUAAGUUAUUGUCUUAUGUUGUUGAUGUUGAUUAUGACCAAAGCAUUCUACUAUGGCACAUUGCUACUGAGUUUUGCUAUAACAUGGAAGAUUACAAAGAGGCUAGUGAUGAUAAUGGUGGUGGUAAUGCUGGUGAGCCUGUUUCUACUAGUGGCAGAAUCAACAGUUUCUUCUCAAAACUUUCAAGACCAUUACGUAUAGGUCUAGAUUUUGUCAAGAGAUUGAAAGGAGCAAUAAGGGGGCUUGGGGAGGCCAUGGUCAAUUAUUGUCGACAACUUGUUUCAUGUCGAAAUGCUGGUGAUCAUCUAAAACCUGAUGAAUGUGUUGGUGCUGCUGCUGAUGAUGAUGAUAGUGAUGAUAGUAUCCAUUAUUUCGGUAACAGAAAAGAAUACAGCAAGACAUUGUCUGAUUACAUGUUAUAUCUCUUAGUUAUGCAGCCUACUCUGAUGUCUUCUGUACCAGGAAUUGGACAAAUAAGAUUCAGGGAUACAUGUGAAGAAGCAAAAAAGUUCUUCAGCAGAAGGGAUUUGAGAUCCGAAGUGAAAGAGGCUUGUAAAAGACUCCUUGAUGUAAAUACUGAUGUCAAACCUAUUAAUGUCAAAGGGGAUAGAAGUAAAUCAGUACUGUUUGAUGCAUGCAUUCUAGCCAAAGAGUUGCAGGUGUUGAAGGAAAAUAAAUGGGAUCUUAUAAGUGAAGUGUGGGUAGAAUUGCUGUCAUUUGCUGCAGGGCAUUGCAGAGCAAAUGACCAUGCUCAAUUGUUGUGUAAAGGUGGUGAGCUUGUCACUUUUAUUUGGUUAUUGAUGGCUCAUUUUGGCAUAGGGGAGCAGUUCCAAAUAAACGAGGGCCACGCUAGAGCCAAACUUGUUGUGGGAAAGUAAAUGUAUCUGCGUUUUGAAUUAUGUACCAAGUAGUUGUGAUCUCCUUGUAAUCCCAGAAUAGUUGUGAACAAAGUUUUUUCUUUACUGAUGCAUAGUUGCAUACACAUUCUGUUGUUUGGUACUUGUAUCUUUACUGUUUUAAUUGCAUCUACUCUU